CGGUGUGCAAGCAAAACAAAAUUAGGCGAUUCAAAACAGUUGCAAAAUGUUAAAUACGAAUUUUUCAAUCGUGCUGCACAAAUUGGCCACGAAAAUCAGUCAAUAAACAUAUUGGGGCAGGAAAAAAAACCAGGCAGAGCAGCAUCGUCGGUCUUUUUUUUACGCCUUUCUGUGUGUGCUGCGUCCGCACCCAAAAAAAAGGCAACACAAAUCAAAACCAAAUUGAAGAACUCCCGUUUUCGGCCAAUCGCCAUAUAAAAGGGCAAAACAAAAGCCAAAGCCCCAGAAAAAGCACGAAUUCAAUUGAAUUUGUGUCGCCUCAAAUGCAAAACAACAAGCAGCCAACCGCACACACAUACACAUGCACAUACAGAUACUAUGUGUGUGAGAGCGACAUGGCUGCUCUUUGUGCAAUAGUGUGGCUAUGAAAAAUAGGCGUGUUUCUGUUUCGCGUCGCAAGUAAAUAAUUGCAGUCGCACAACGGCGGGCUAAUUAUCAAGUAUUUUGCACAGCUGCGAGUUAGAAGCCGGAGCGCAAAGUUGCCGAGAUCUGCGUUGAAAGCCGGCGGAUAUCCGAAGACGCCCGCAAAACGCCUCCACAUGCACAUGUGUGUGUGUGUGUGUGGAUUCGCAACGGCGACAAAUGCACCCCUUUAGUGCCGUUACUCCUUGUCAGCGUGUGUGUGUGUGUGUGCGUGUGUCUAAGGGCUCGGCCAUGGCGCCUAUACAUACCCUACAGCACGUGUGAAUACCCUAUAAUGGGCAACUUGGCAACCAAUAACACCCCCACAUCAUUUGCGCAUCCCUACACCUACCUACCAAGCCCCCGCAUUUUUCGGGAACCAGCUUAGGCGACUUUUAAAACCUUACCUACAACUCCCUAUAUUAGUCUGGAAUAUCCAGCAAAGCCGGCCAAAAAAACAGCUGACAGACGAGAGCCACCUCAUCUUUAAGUUGGUAACAAGCUAAGGAAAAUAGCCAUAAAAGAGGCCAGCAGACCUUCCAACCCAGCAGAGUCGACCACUGGAACUGCAGACGAAGAGCAGGCGGGACCACUGAGUGAGCUGGGCUAGAGCAUGAGAGACAGCCAUGCCUUCGGCACGACCUGGUAGUCUCAAGGAUCCGGAAAUAGCCGACCUGUUCAACAAGCAUGACCCGGAGAAGAUAUUCGAGGACCUGCGCGAAAUCGGCCAUGGGUCGUUCGGAGCGGUCUAUUAUGCCCGCUGCAACCUCACCAAGGAGAUCGUGGCCAUUAAGAAGAUGUCCUACACCGGCAAGCAGAGCCAGGAGAAGUGGCAGGACAUUCUCAAAGAGAUACGCUUUCUUCGCCAAUUGAAUCACCCAAACACCAUCGAAUACAAGGGAUGCUAUUUGCGCGAGUCGACCGCCUGGCUGGUGAUGGAGUACUGUGUGGGCUCCGCAUCGGACAUCAUCGAGGUGCACAAGAAGCCGCUGCACGAGGACGAGAUCGCCGCCAUUUGCCUGGGCGUGCUCAGUGGCCUGAGCUACCUGCACUCGCUGGGGCGCAUCCAUCGCGACAUCAAGGCGGGCAACAUUCUGCUCACGGACAACGGCGUCGUCAAGCUGGCCGACUUUGGCAGCGCCGCCAUUAAGUGUCCGGCCAACAGCUUCGUCGGCACUCCCUACUGGAUGGCCCCCGAGGUGAUUCUGGCCAUGGACGAGGGCCAGUACGACGGCAAGGUGGACGUGUGGUCGCUGGGCAUCACCUGCAUCGAGCUGGCGGAGCGCAAGCCGCCGUACUUUAACAUGAACGCCAUGUCGGCGCUCUACCACAUUGCCCAGAACGAAUCGCCAACCCUUCCGAAGAACGACUGGUCGGACGCGUUCUGCAGCUUUGUCGAACUGUGCCUCAAGAAGAUGCCAGCGGAGCGACCCUCGUCGGCCAAGCUGCUGACCCACGCCUACGUGACCCGACCGCGCUCCGACACCGUGCUGCUGGAGCUGAUCGCACGCACCAAGUCAGCCGUGCGCGAGCUGGACAACCUCAACUAUCGCAAGAUGAAGAAGAUACUCAUGGUGGACACCUGCGAGACGGAGAGCGCCGUGGGCGAUGCCGACGACCAACAGGAUGACCAUGCCGGCGGCGACAGCAGCAAGAGCAAUAGUAUUACUUCGGAACACUCCAUACACUCGGUGGGUGUAUCGGCGGCCAGUAGUCAGAGCUCCUCAUCCAAUUCCAUACCGGCUGCGGCCCAGAAUCAUCACCAUAUCGCUGCGCACCACCACCAACAGGCGGCCAACGCUGCUGUGGCGGCAGCAAUGCAGCACCACCAUCACCAUCCACACCAGCAGCAGCCACCGCCCAGCUGGCCCAGCGGCCAACAGCAGGGGCAGCCGGUUCCGCCCGGAGCCGUGUCCCGCAACUCGUCUCGCCAUCGUAACCGGCCGCCGCUGCCCAACAUAAUGCACAGCAUGAACAACAAUGUGACGCCAACCAACUCGGCCUCGGUGGUGCCGGCACCAGCGCCUGCUCCGGUGCCCCCGCUGGUGGAUCGCAUACAGCCAAUCCAGCCGCGCUAUCUGACGACGCCCGCAGCCCAGGCGGCCGUGUACGCGGCCAGUUCGGCAUCCUCGCAACAGGCCAUCUCCAAUGCAGUCAACGACCACGGGCCCAACAACUUCGCCACCAUACGCACCACCAGUAUUGUGACCAAGCAGCAGAAGGAGCACAUGCAGGAGGAGAUGCACGAGCAGAUGUCCGGCUACAAGCGGAUGCGGCGCGAGCACCAGGCGCACCUGGUCAAACUGGAGGAGAAGUGCAAGGUGGACAUGGAGGCGCACAAGACGGCCCUGGACAAAGAGUACGAUACGCUGCUGCAUAACUUCACCAGGGACCUCGAGCGGCUAGAGACCAAGCACCAGCAGGACGUGGAACGGCGAUCGAAGCAGACGAGCGCCGCCGAGAAGAAACUACACAAAGAGAUUACGCUGAAGCAGGAGGGCGACCGAAAGGUGUACGACCUCAAUCGCAAGAAGGAGUACAAGGCGAACAAGGAGCGCUGGAAGCGGGAGCUCUCCAUGGACGAGUCCACGCCCAAGCGGCAGCGCGAUCUGACCCUGCAGUCGCAGAAGGACAACCUGAAGCAGCACGAAGCUCAGGAGGAGCAGCGGAUGCUCCAGGCCCAGAAGCAGUACAUCGAGUUGGAGAUGCGGAAGUUCAAGCGCAAGCGCAUGAUCAUGCAGCACGAGCACGAGGACCAGCAGCUCCGCGAUGAGCUCGGAAAGAAGGAGCAGCAGCUGCAGCAGGCGCACGAAAUGCUUGUUAGGCACCACGAAAAGACACAGGAGCUGGAGUACCGCCAGCAGAAGAGCGUGCACCAGUUGCGCGAGGAGCAGAUAAACAAGCAACACGACACAGAGUUGCACAAUCAAAAAGACUACAUGGACCGCAUCAAGAAGGAGCUGGUGCGCAAGCAUGCGGUCGAGCUAAGGCAACAGCCCAAGAGCUUGAAGCAAAAGGAGCUCCAGAUACGCAAGCAGUUCCGGGAAACUUGCAAGACGCAGACGAAGCAAUACAAGCGCUACAAGGCGCAAGUGCUGCAGACGACACCAAAGGAUCAACAAAAGGAGGUCAUCAAGCAGCUGAAAGAAGAAAAGCAUCGUAAGCUGACGCUGUUGGGCGAACAGUACGAGCAAAGUAUUGCGGAUAUGUUCCAAAGUCAGAGCUACAAACUAGACGAAAGCCAAGUGAUCGAGUGCCAACGUACCCACGAGCAGCUGGAGUACGAGCUGGAGAUGCUCACUGCCUACCAGAACAAGAACAAGAAGCAGGCGCAGGAGCAGCGGGAUCGCGAGCGCCGGGAGCUGGAGAACCGCGUCAGCGUGCGGCGAGGUCUGCUCGAGAACAAGAUGGACGCCGAGUUGCAGCAAUUCAACCAGGAACGGCUAGAGCGCUUGCACAUGAAACGCGAGAAGCAUACUAAAGAAUUGGAAGCAUUUGAUAACGAAUCAAUUGCCUUAGGUUUCAGCACUUUAUCACUAGUUGAGGUCUCCCGUGAAGCCUAUGCAGAUGAGGAGGGAAGUCUAUCUGGUUCAAUGAUUAGUUUAGCCCAUAGCAAUAGUUCAACAAGUUUUCCGGCUGGCUCGCUAUAGCAUAGACAACAACAAGGCCAGCCACAACAACAAGUGUUUAGUAAUAUAAACUACUUCAAUUUUAAUGGAAAUUAUAAAGCCAAUAGUACGACACCAACAACAACAACUAGGACCCGACAAAAGCAACAAAGAUCGCAGCUUAAACAUCAACAAUAGCAGAAACAGACAGUCCUGGCUAGCAAAGUUUUUGUAGGAUCAUUAACAGAAAUCAAUUAACAUAUUGGUUGCAUAAAGAACAUGAAACAUGAAACAUGAAACCCCAAGUAUUUUCUAAAAGUUACAACAAGCAAAAGCUGCAAUAGUUUUAUAUUAAAGGAAAUUCGAUUGAAGAAGGCAACAAGAUACUAACAUUUGAAAUCAUUUAAUACAAGAUCAAUCAAAAACAAAGAAAAAACAAACAUAAAUAAAUAAUUAUAUAUGUAAGCAAAAUGUCAUACACAAACCAUAACACAACAAAACAAACAAACAAGCAAACAAAGAACAUCAAACUUUGAUAUGCAAAGUGUUUAAAUUUACGUUUAAAUUCUUACUUGAUAUUAUUACCGAAUAACUAAAUCAAUCACCAUUUUGAUUCGUUAACCAUUUAUAUUUGCGCUCUCGCGAUGCAAAAAUGACCUUAAAAAAAUUAGGUGUGUAUUAUUUGUUAAAACUCGCAGAAAAUAGAUCGUUCAUUCAGAUCACAUUCGAGUUUGUAUGAUUUUUAAAUGUUAUUUUCAAUUGAUAGUCGACGUGAUCUGCGAUCGCAGUUCCAGGCACACAUAGAUUGCCAUCUUUGCAUGUUGUUAGGUUCAACAUUUUCGAUUUACGUUAUGUUUUUCUUAUUUUGACUCGAUUCAAAUAAAAAGUAUUUUUUAAAAGAAAAAAUAUUACAAUUAUUAUUUUAUUUGCUGUACAAUAAGUUUUAUGGCCAAAAUUAUUAUAAACCCAGCAAAUAUUUAAACGCAAAAAGAUUAACUUUGUUUACAAUUAAUUUAGUUUUGUUUGUUAUAACAAAAAGGAUAUAAUAUAUAUAUAACUAAAAUAAGCCUAUUUUAGAGUUAAUUAAUGCAAAUUGCAAAAUGCUUAGUCAAAACAAUAAAAAUUGUAUAGAAAAUUAAAGCAUACAAACGUUUAAUUAUUUAAUGAUUUAUAUUUACGUGGAAAUAUUACUUUCCUUCAGUCGUAUGCUGAUUCAAAAUAACGGAAACACACAACACACACCUACAGACAAACAAAAACAUCUACAUUUAUGAAGGAAAUCCAUAAAAAAAAUAAAAUGCUCGGCAAAUGCUAAGAAAUGUAGCAAAAAAAAUUUUACUAAACCACAUUGAAUGAAGAGAAAAAAACCAACCAUAUAUUUCCGUUAGUCAUUAAUUAAAUUAAAUUUAAUACAAAUUUCUAUAAUUACAGUGGAGGAAAAGGCGGAAAGAAUGGGAAUAAAUUUUUGGUAAUUUGGUUGAUAUAUUGGAAGUUCGAGGUAUCAAUGAUGUAUGCGAUAACCACGAUGAUCAUUAUUACUAUUAUGGAGGCGUAUUAUUUUGGUAUAUAUAUUAACCUAUAUAGAAAACAUGAGCGAAAUGAAGGUAAACACGAUAACGAGAGAGAUAGAGAUAGCUAAACAGAAGCACGGGGAACACAAUAUAUGUAAUAUUUUUUAUGUUUAUAAAAUUGUUUUUUUUUUAUUAUUAUAAUUAUAUGAAUAUAAAUUGUAUUUUUGCAAUUAUGGUAAAUGAAGAUGGAAAACGAAUAACAAUUAAAUUGAUGCACGUCAAUGUCAAUAAAAUAAAAAUAAAACUUAUUUAAAAAUACACCA